AUGAUCCACCCAACCCAACACCUGAAAACCACCACCUACAACCCACCCAGCCAAAUGAUGUCUGUCUGCCCUACCACAUCCGCACCUGGCCAUCUGGCCAAGUACAUGGACCUCCCACAGCCCGAGAACCUUAUCCAGGCUGAACAAUCAAUCGACUGUCGCAGAAGAUGGUGGUGCUGA